UCAGCGGCUAGAGGGCAGGAAGGACAUUCGGCCUGAAGAAGGGAAAGAGUCCCUUGCUCCAUGGUCGUUGGAGGGUGAUCCACUCCCACAACAACAUCAUCAUCAUCAUCAUCAUCAACAUCCUCACUGCCAGCUACUCUACUCCAGUUGACCCGUUGGUGCCAACCUGCGGCCUGCCACUGGCCCCGCUACGCCCCGUGUAUAACCGUGUGUCCCCCUCCCCCUCCCCCUCCUCCUCCGUUAGAGCUCCAUGAGCGGCGGUGGGAUCCACGAUCCACGCCCCAUUCAGUGCUUGGCCGUUCAGUGGGGGUGGGUGUCAACGGUAUUCAGGCUCCGAGGCCAGAGGCGGGCGGCCAGCCCCAUUAAUCCUUUGAUCCGGCCAUUGACGGUCCGGUCCGGCCUGGUCCGCCUCAUGAUAGAACACGGGUGCCGUGGAUAAAGCGAUUCGUACUACCGAUUGUGAAAUGUUUUCCAAGAAAAAGAAGAAGAUUGAGAUUUCGGCUCCGUCCAAUUUCCAGCACCGCGUCCACACGGGCUUCGACAACCAUGCCAACAAGUUUGUGGGCUUGCCCAAGCAGUGGGCCUCGUUGGUGGGUGAUGAGGCCGGGGCCCAUUCGCCCCAUCGCCCAUCGCCCAUGGUUGACCCCAGCGCCAUCACGCCCAUGGAUUGGCGUGAAACUCGACCCGGACCCGAGCCUGUUCAGGGUCGGCCCGCCUCCGGACCGCCGGUAGGCAAUAUCGUGCGGUCCAAUUCAUUGCGCUCCAGUUCGCCACCGCGACCGGUUCGGCGCGGACCACCCGCCGCCACCCUACCGGUCGUACCGGAAGGACCGGUAAAUGGUGGCCCGCCCGCCCUUCGGCCACCGGGUGGAUCUCGUCCACCGCCCAAUUCAGCUCAAUUUGGGCCACUGCGAGUCGGCCAGGAUUAUCAAGCCUACCCGCCCCCGCCCGGUCCUUCGCCUCACGGUCCACUCCCCCCUCUACAGAAGCCGCAAUAUCCACCUGGUCGGCAUGAAGUCGACGCCGUAGGUCGGGUGGGCGCACCGGCUACGGCCCAUACCUACCGCGUCGUGUUGCCGGCCGAUCACAGUCGCUCGGUCGGACCCGAAGGCUUUUUGCCUCCCCUUGGACCCCGACCGGGUACGGUGCCGGGUCCCGAAAGUAUCAUACCCCAAGGCUACGAUCCUGAAGCUAUUCGCGCCGCCAAUUUGAGCCGGGCUGAGGCAUUGGCCCAACAGCAAAGAGAGGAACUUAUGAUACGGAGAAACUCGGCCGCGCAUCAUUCGCAGUCUUCGCCCGCCUCCUCCUCGUCCAGUGAGCUCCCACCCAUGCGUGGGGCCACAUACCAUCCCCAGCCCAAUCCUACGCCCGUCAAUGGGUAUCCACCUCAACCUAGUCCCCAUCGCUAUCCCGUCCCACCGUCUGGACCGCCGGGUGGUCCCCCUCAAUCUCAAACGGGUUGGGGCGGUCCCCCCGCUUCCUCCCACUCGCAAUUUCCCCCACCCCCUCAUUUGACCCGUCCCCCUCAUCAUUCCCACGGUCGACCUCCGGCUCAAUCACAAAGUCGCCCUCCACCGCCACCCCUGCCCACGCCUCCCGAUCUACCUUCGGAACCCAUGCCUCCGCCUCCGCCUCCCCUGGCGAACAAUCAACCGGCUCCCCCGCCACCACCUCCAAAGAACCAUUCCAGUUCCCCUCUCUCUUCCGUGUCAGCUUCAACCCCUUCUCCGCCUUCCCAUACAUCCAAUAAUGUCGUUCACGCUAACGGUGAUGGAUCCACACCGCCCGUUCCAGCCAGUGGCAGUGGUCCCAGUUUGUCCCACGAGCAAUUCCGCGCUGCUUUGCAAAUGGUCGUGUCACCUGGCGAUCCUCGAGUAGCCCUAAAGAAUUUUAUCAAAAUUGGCGAAGGCUCCACCGGCAUUGUUUGCAUUGCCUCGGACAGUGAUGGUAAUCAAGUGGCUGUGAAACGCAUGGAUUUGCGGAAGCAGCAAAGACGCGAAUUGCUCUUCAACGAAGUAGUCAUCAUGAGAGAUUAUCAUCAUCCCAACAUUGUCCAAAUGCAUGACAGCUUUUUGGUGGAAGACGAGCUUUGGGUCGUGAUGGAAUUCCUCGAGGGUGGGGCCCUUACCGAUAUCGUGACCCACGCCAGAAUGGACGAAGAACAAAUCGCCACAGUAUGCAAGCAGUGCCUGAAGGCUUUAGCCUACCUCCAUUCCCAGGGCGUCAUCCACCGAGAUAUCAAGUCAGAUUCCAUUUUGUUGGGAGCAGAUGGAAAUGUAAAGCUCUCCGAUUUUGGGUUCUGUGCCCAAGUGUCUCCCGAGCUGCCCAAGAGAAAGUCUCUUGUGGGGACUCCGUAUUGGAUGAGUCCAGAAGUGAUUUCUCGGUUACCUUAUGGACCUGAAGUAGACAUAUGGUCGUUAGGUAUCAUGGUAAUGGAGAUGGUCGAUGGGGAGCCACCGUUUUUCAACGAGCCUCCAUUGCAAGCCAUGCGAAGAAUUAGAGAUAUGCCUCCGCCAAAGCUAAAGAAUCCUCAAAAGGUCACACCCCGACUUCAGGGUUUCCUUGAGAAAAUGCUCGUCCGAGAUCCAGCUCAGCGUGCCACCGCCGCCGAGCUGCUUCAUCAUCCAUUCCUUCGUCAAUCGGGCCCUUCGGAUCUCCUGGUUCCUCUCAUGAGGCAGUUCCAAAAUUCGCCUACAUGAUAUAUAGCCAUGUUGGCCAGGAGAUGGAUUCACAAGGGACCCAAUUCACCGUCCAAUCAUCAACAUUCCUGAUACACCUCACCUCGGGAACUUAAAGUGAAACCGUCCGUCAUAAAGAACGAGUUUGAGUUAUUCUCAAGCAUUCAGUAAAGCUCACAAACAAUACCUGGUCACAUUUUGCACCCCCUAACAUUCCGUCCAAUUUUUGCCUUCUCAACUCUUCCAAAAUACCCACAGGGAACGGCGCCCCUCUAUUUUUAAUCAGAAGAAUGUAUUUAAGAACAUAUCAGUAGCAACUUCAAAAUGAAAACUUGAAAACAGUACGAACAAACAUUGGUUGAUGCUACUCACAGAAAACCGUUUGUGUAUCGAACAAGUUCAACGCCACCACUCGCUUACAAUUCACGAUCAUUCAAAGCGAAGAAUUAAAAUUCAAUUAAGAAUCAAAAAAAAAUCUGGUUUUCUUUUCGUCAAAUGAGUAAAAAGUCAUCAAAUCAAAAAGAGUCAUAUAGAGUCAAAAAGGUUUUGACCGCUUGACGAUUUAAUUGCUCACUUCCUCGUCGUCGGAGAUGGCGUCGAUGGUGAAUUUCUCGGUGGCAUUCAGAUCAUUGAUGAGUCGGCUGAAAUGGUUUCUCUUGGCUCUUCUUCGUCGUUGGAGAAAGCAGAGAAUGCAGAAGAUACUGAUGGAUAUUCCAACCGCGGUAAAGCAGAUCAGAGCCACCAUUGCCACGAGCUCUUGGCGGUCAAACCUUU